AUGGCAGCACCAAAUAUUACUUUUAUAUCUGAUAUGGAUGUAACUAGGGAUGACUUAACUUUCAAGCUUCGUAUCAUAAACCUUUGGCAUCAAAUGUCUUUCUACAACAAAAGUGAAAAUUGGUCGAUUGAAAUGAUCUUAUUGGAUGAACAUGGGAACAAAAUCCAAGCAAUGGUAUCCAAACGAAACUUAUAUCGCUUCAAAAAUGUAGUAAAGGAUAAGAUGACAUUUUACAUCAAAGGUCCAAACUUUGCAGCAUUGAAGACAGGUAGUUUUAAGUUAACUCCUAAUGAUCAGAAAUUCAGAUUCGUCCAACAAAAUGUUGUCACAGAGUGUAACAAUUUUUCUGGAUCUCUGUUUGGGUUUUCAUUUGUUGAUUAUCAAGCCGUGUUAUCAUUGACCCAUCCUCAAGAUACAUCUAUUGAUCGUCCAAGUGUAAACACCUACUUUACCUCUUCCAUGUUGUUCAUUAACUCUGACAUAGAUGAAAUUACCAAUUUCAACAAAAGUUUGGAUGGAGAUGAUUGUCCCGAUUCAUCUACAAAUACAUUUUCGAUUAUUCCAUCUAAUCAAAUUUCUACAUAUGAUGAUUUUAUGGUAAAAAAUAACCUGAAGGGUAUCGCUGAGGAUGUAGUUUCUGGCACAGACGAUAACAUAACUCCUUCCACUAUCGAGAAAAACGGCACAACAAGUGCAGUGAAGAUUUUGAACACAACACCGGUCUUAAAGCAAAAUUUGGAAGAAGUUUUCGAUUUAGAGAUAAUUGAUCACUUAUCUAUAUCAAAAACUCCAAAAAUAUGUCCAGAUGGUCUAGGAAAACAAUUGUUGAAAGUAAAGCUGGAGAAAAAUGAUUGA